AUGUCAAAUCGAAAACUACAAAAGGAAAUUGACAUUAUUUUCAAGAAAAUCCAAGAAGGCUUACAAGACUUUGACUACCAUUAUGAACGAUACGAAAGUAUACAAAACACUGAAGAUGAUUCUGAUAAUCAAAGAGAAAAAGAGAAAUUGGCCAAUGAUCUAAAAAAAGAAAUCAAAAAAUUACAAAAAUUUCGAGAACAAAUCAAACAUUGGCUACAGAAUGAUACUGUGCAUACUCUAGGACCCGUUGGAACAUCGUAUGAAUCUAAACUAGCUGAAAAUAAGAGUCUAAUUGAGGAUUCCAUGGAAACGUAUAAACUAGUAGAAAAGCAAAGUAAAUUGAAAACAUUUUCCAACCAGUCCAUCAUGAUGACAUUUAUGGAUAGCACGAAUGGCGAUGACGAUGAUGAUGACGACGAUUCAGAUGAUGAUGAGUUGUUCAGUGGUAGUGAUGAAGAUGAGGAAGACGAAUACAGUGAUUUGCCAGAAGAUGCGGUGAACGCCAUUCAUUUCUUCAAAGAUUCUAUACUACAGUUGAGAGAACAAACACACAAGUUGGAUCAUGAAUACGAAAAGUUGGCAGCCAAGAAGUUACGUAAAAACAAUUUGGCGACCAUAGAGGCCAAGAAGGAAAAGAUUCAGCUGACGAUAGGGAACAAUAAAUUUCAUCAGAAAAAGCUCAAGAAAUUACUCAGACAGUUGACAAGUGGUGUAGUUACAGAAUUUAAUUUAAUAUGGUUGUUGAAAGACGAUUUGAAUAAAUAUUUGGAAUCUAAUGGAGACUAUGAGUUUACUAGAGAAACCGAAUUAUACGAUGACAUUUUCAAUCAAAUUGCAGCAGUCGAAGAAGAUUAUUCUGAAAUUCACGAAGACAACCAUGACCAUUCGCAUUCCCACCUUGAAAAAACUUCAACGGCGAAUGGAACACACCAUGAAAGUGCGACCACCACAGCUACUGCUGCUAAAAACUCUUCUGUAACAACACGAACAUCGCCGUCUCCAAUUUUAACGAAAGCAAAUGGCCAUAUCAAAGAAUUAUCCGUUGAAUCAGGAUCUCCUACGACUUCACGUCUGAAACUUCUGAAAAUCCAUACCAAUACACUGCAACUGAGUACACAUUCAAACACUUCCUCAUCAACGCACGCACAGGCUCCUCGACAAAGCCCCGAAUUAACUUCACCGGCAAUUGUAAAGACUUUGAGACCGGCAACUGCUCCUUCUAAGCCAGUUGGUACUCUCAAAUGGUCUGCGGCGGCGGCAGCAGCAAUUCCCGAUGUUCAAGAAAAACCAGAAUUAGUAGAAACAGAAUCCAAUGGAUCUAGUGUACACAAAACAGUAUCUAAGGAUCAAUAUGAGGAAAAAAUAAAUUACCAAUCACCAGCACCAACACAACAACAACAACAACCGCAAACACUGGUAGAACUGAAGACUCUUUCUACCACCCAAAGUUUGGCUUCUUCAAUCACCGACAAUAUAAAUCUUGAUAAAUAUAAGGAAGUGAUCAAGAAUUCGAAUUUAACUAAAACCGAGUUGGGGUUGUUUUCCGACAUGAACUUGGCCAGAGUUCCACCAGGUAUUCAAGAUCUAGUGAUAUCGUUUGCAUCAAAAAGAAAUAACGAUAACUUUAAAGUUUUAGUCGAUUCAACUGAAUUCAAUCAAUUUGCUUUACCAUUACACAAACCAUAUUUACCUGAGAUUGUUCAGCCAUCAUAUUAUUCGCAAUAUACCAGUACCAGUUUUAAGCAUCCAACUCCAUUAGUCAAAUUUCAAAGCUAUUGGAAUCAAGUAAGAGCAAACUUUGGAUUUCAGAAAUUAAUGGACGAGAUAAAAUCAUUGACUUUGCAAAAUAAUGCUGAUAAUUUGCCAAUUAUUGCUGAGUUAACAUUUGUAUUAUUUUAUGGAUUUUAUUAUGGUGUUACUCCAGCUGAAAACUUGAUUGCUGAAUCGUAUUUAUUUGAAUUGGGUUGGAAACCUUACAAGAACCAAUCAGAAGAUGGUAGUAAUAAUUUAUCAACUGGUUCAAUUAGUUUAUCAGAUAUUAAUGGACUGAAAUCCAAGUCUAAUAGAUCUAGUAAUUAUUAUUUUUGGUUCAAACGAGUAAAAUUAAUUUCUCGUGGUGAAGAUAUGGGACAACCAUCUAAUAUUGAAUUUGGUGAUUACCAAGUGUUUGAUUUGAGUUUUUGGGAAAUAUUUGUCAAAUAUGGUUUCAAAUUUGAUUAUAAUUUUUGUCAAAUGGAACCAUCAAAAACAUUAUUUUGA